UUUCAUAAUUUAUCAAGUCGAUUAAAAAGAAUUCGAAUUAUUUUUUAUUAUCCCAUUGAUUAUCAAAAUUUCUAAUAUAUGGCUGAUGAAACCGAAGAAUCUUUUCACUCCACCGAGGAGACAACCAAAAUUGAGACGGAACCUGAAAAUACAAAAGAUGCAGCUCCAACUGAAUUAACACCAACACCCGCUUCUUCUUCUUCUCCCAAACCAACGACCUCCUUCAACGAACAUGAAAUUUUAGCAGAACAAUUUGAAAAUUAUUUGCGCAUUGCCCAGGCUCUAAUGAAAACUCUAAAGCGACCCAAGGAUAUUGAAAUUUGUACGAAUCUUUUGCGCAAAGUUCAACGGCUCAAUGACAGCAAACAUUUGGAGGUGAAACGUAAUAAUAACGCCUUCUUUCGUUAUUGCCUGAAAGUGCUAAAGUGGACUAGUGACAAUCAACCUUUGGAAUUAUAUCAAUGUUGGUAUCAAAAUAAGGAUACUGUUGAGGGACCUACAGAAUCACGCACUUGGUUAGAGAAUAACAAAUCUUACAUGGCCUUAAAGUUUCUAAAAGAUGGCACGAAUAUUAUAUACGCUGCCGUUGCCGAUGAUCCAGCGGCUGGUUGGCAAGAUGGUGGUUUGAAUAUAUUGGCAAAGCGGGGAGCUUGUUCGAGGAAUUAGUAAAUGUAGGGGAAUUGCUGGUAAUAAAAUUUGUGGUUAUAAAAUUUAGAAAAAUACCAAAGAGAUUUUUGUGUUAAUAAAAAUUAUUCAGAUCAUAAAGGAGUUUAUUCCUUACAGAUAAUAAAUCGUCAGUUAUUGAUAUUUUAUAUUAUAAAAAAGUGGAA